AUGGAACCCGAGCCGAUGCAGAUGUCCUCAGGGACGGCUAUGCCAAACACAUCUUCUGAAAGCAGACGACCCCGGCCGUUCGUCCCGAGAAUCGACCCGCUCGCACCCAGCAGAUCCAUAUCGCAUGGCGAGUUGACACCAGCAAGCAGUGGCUCGGAUUCUGCAGCCAUAUCACCCACCAGCUCUGGCAACAGGCUGUUACCGUCCUUGAAGCAAAUGCGCAAGUCGUCUGCUCCUGUAAGACGGCCACCUUCUCCAGAGCUAUUGAGUCAGGAUUGUGCCUUCCCACCAUUCCCAACGAACAGGACGAAGAAGAAGGAAAGUCAAAGAAAUGCGCGGGAAAGAACGCAAGCACGCGAAUCGUCUAGGUCGAGAUCGUCCGAACAUCAAAAAAUGUGGUCGACCUCUGCAGGUCCUUCGAGGUCACGAGUGAGGCAAGGAACAGCCGAGUCUUCAAGACCUUCAACAGCUAGCAGUAGUCGACGCCCAUCAGUAAGCAGUCGAUCUGGAAGUCGACAGGGAAGCUUAGAUACCGUGCCACCACUGCCGCCACUGCAACCAACAAGUUCCCACUCUGCUUCGAACUCGGUUCUGUCAACAGGUGAAUCGCUACGUACUGGUACUUCGCUGUCACCUGCCGCGCAUUCACCUCCCGACUCGUCUGUAGCAGCAGACAGAUCACCUUUUCCAGAAUUCCAAGAAGUUGAAACCCGGAACGUCGAGCCUGAUGCUGAUGCUCCAGCUGCACCAAACACUUACCUGCCUUCUCAACAAGAACUUACAGACUGUCGGACACCGUCUUACAGAGCUAAACGUCCACCACCAAUUUCUGAUAUGCCAUCUCGCUUACUUGUCGAAACUGCUGUGGACAGCCACGAACAAUCUCCUCCAACCCCCACCGCCUCCAUUGCGCGCACAUUAACAAGCCUCUUCAGCCGAAAACGAGGUACUUCAACAAGCAGUAAGAAAAGCACGGCAAAGACCCCUGUAGCAGAUGGCCCUCGUUUCAUCGCCUUAUCUCCUGAACCUGACCCACAAGACACAUUGCGGAUUGAGAAUACUUCUCACAACUCACUAACACCAUCUCACGAGUCUCUCACGCCAUCGAACGGCUCUAUGAACACAGAGAUGGUGUCAAGUCCACUUAUACAUGACGUUCAAGAAGCACCGCACGCUUCAGUGCACAUCAGACCUGCGACCGAGAGUCAUCCGCUACCUCUGGAGGCGCAAAUUGCAGUAGUGAGUGACGAUGUGUCAGAAACGCCGCGGGAUGUGCCGGAAGAUGUAAUGGAAAACGAGCCUCAACCUGAGACCUCACAAGCAGCGCAGCGCGAUACAUUACAGAUGGAACAAGAUCUGGAGAGGAGGUUAGCAGCGAUGACUGGUGCACCUCAACUAGUUGUUAUCAAAGAGGAUCCCGAAGAUAUGAGGCGUGCAUCACUUGAUUCAGCUUCGUCGUAUGGAUCUAUUGGAUUUUCGCACAGCAGCACCAGCUCGAGGUCUUUCCGUAACUUCGAGGGCCAUUCACAUAAAUCAAGUAUCUCGACGGCCAGAACGACGAGUACGAGUGAAGAUGCUUUUAUGCUGACCGCAGGACGUACGAAGCAUCCCGGCUCCACACCAGAUUCGCCCACCGACCCUUAUCUCCAAUCCAACAGACUGAGACCAGUCGUUGAAAUAUCGCUACCGCGGGAAAAAGAAGAGAAAGACGUUGACUCGUAUCCAUUUGGUGAGCCACAGCCAACCAUCCAAGAUGUUUUCUUGCCACUGUCGGAGCCAAAUCUUGAAUCUACGGCACAGCAACCACCAUUAACAUCACCUGCUUCAAACUACGACGCACUAAAAUUUGAGUUUCUCAUCUCACCUGAGCACACGCCUUCCGUACCACCUACACCUAGCUCAGAAGCGGACAGUCUUGACUUUCCGUUUGCAUCCCGAACGCGGAGGCCAUCGACGGCGGGUAGUAGACGAGGAACGUGUCGAGGAUGUUCCAAGGACAUUCUGACUGGACAGAAGUCGGUCUCGAGCAGAGACGGAAGGUUGACAGGAAGAUACCACAAGGAGUGUUUCGUUUGUAUGACCUGUAAAGAGGCAUUCGCGACAGCAGAUUUCUAUGUGCUCAACGACCAUCCAUAUUGUGCUCAUCAUUAUCACGAACUUAAUGACACUUUGUGUGAAGGUUGCGGAUUAGGCAUUGAGGGCCAUUAUUUAGAAACGUCGACCGUUUCUGGAAGUGGCGCGAAGAAGUUUCACCCACAAUGUCUGAAAUGUGCUACCUGUAAGAUCCAGCUUGACGACGACUACUUCGAACAUGGCGGACAGGUAUAUUGCGAGAGAGAUGCUUUUCGUGUAAUCAGCGGGCCUCGAUCACCAUAUGGUACAGCACCCUCUCGACCGAGUCCACUCAAUCGCGAAUAUAUCAGCAGUGCUGAGCCUGGGCAGGGCCUAGCCAGUGGCCGGUUUCCCGAGAGGAGAUUGACGAAGCUUAUGACAACUACUUGA